CAAACAAUUUAACAAUUGUAUCGGUAUACGGUACUCAGAAGUAUAAAUCUGUUGGUACCUAUUAAUUGUCGUUAUAAACAAAAAUUGAUUUUUAUUCCAAAUGCAACAUUAAAGAAUUAAGAAUUAAGCCGAAGUAAAACAGAAAAAUUAAGUGAAGCUUUAAAUAUUGUACAAUCAUGACUGCCGACGCAAAUAACGAAUAUCCAAAAGCAUCAAAUGCAACUCUUAUUGGAGCAACUAUAACUUAUAUAGCUGGAUUGUUUCUCCUGCUCUCGUUUGCUGGACCGUAUUGGAUACAAUCGUACCCGGAGAUGUUCUCCUCAUUUAAACACAUGGGCUUGUGGGAAUAUUGCUUUGAUCGCUUCAGAUUUCCAGCAUAUCAGUAUGACAAGUAUUUUGAUGGAUGCCAUUAUAUAUUUGGUUCUGAGCUUUAUACAAUUCGUGAGUGGCUUCUUCCUGGUUGGCUGAUGGCAGUUCAGUCAUUUGUGACGCUGGGAUUAAUGUUUUCAUUCACCUCUCAAGCUCUGUUAGCUUGUGUGAUCAUCCGCAUGCCCCUCCGUACUGUACUGAGAUAUGAGUGGAUAUUUGUAUCGGCAGCUUUUAUUUUGGUCGCCUUAUCAAGUUUAUUCCUGUUUCUAGCUGUGGCAAUAUUUGGUGGGAACUGUUACCGUCGCGACUGGCUUCUCUACCCGUCAUUCAAUGUUCUGUCCUGGUCUUAUGCAUUUGCUGUUAUCGCAUUCAUAUUGUUUGGUCUGGCAGCAAUUCUUCUAUUCUUAGAGUCUCGUAAAUUAUACGAGUUACGUUUAGAAGCAAAAAAUCUUGUAGCACAGAUGCAACAUAGCCAGCCGGAACAUGCUUUACACCAAUUACGAGACCAGCUCCAUCAACAGCAACUCGGCUAUUACAGACAUUAAACAUGGAACUUUGAAGUAAAUUUAAUGAUUUUGUAUUUGUAAAGGAGUUAAUUUUUUUUAUUAAGCUAUGAAUUAUGAUUAAUAUCCCUACAUAAUAUGAGAUCUUUAAUCCUUACAUAACAUAUUUUGGUAAGAAGCACAGUGUUUAAUAAAUUUUACAUAUUACACAUACAUUCCUACACAAUUCACAUAGUCAACUUAAUAAUAGGAUUUUGUGCUAUCAUAAUGUGCCUUAUGUAUAAACAUUAUCUUUAUGCAAAUGUGAAUUCUCUAUUUAUAAAUAUCUAAAGACUGUCAGCAUAAAAAUAUGGUAACAUGUAUAUUUAAAGACAAAGAAAUAUUUGAAUCUCAUUUGUAAACCGUCCGUCCUUACUUAUAUGAUGCAUAAGUUUUUCGGUUGUAAAUGCUUGGUUUUGAGAAAAUUUUUUUGUGACUUAGAAAUAGUUUUCAGCAUUUAUUAUAUAUUUUUUUUAUUAUUGUAAUGUAUUAAUUAGUUUUUGCAUUGAUGUUAAAAUAAGCAAAUUUUUAGUUAUGUAUUUUAAGUUAAUCUUUUGGAAGUUGUUUAUUAGUUUGUAUUUUGCAGCUUCGCUCCCUGAUAUUGUGGUUGAAAUGAAUAUAUGUCAAUCAUUUUUAGUGUCAUGUUAUUUCUUAAUAUAGUAUUAAGUAACACAUUUCGUUUCA